GGCGGAGCUAGGGGUUGGUGACGUCUUGGAUCGUUGGGGGAAGGCGCGGUCGCGACUUUUUGAACAUGGGAAGGGUUCACGACACUUGACCCAUCAUCCACCACAAUGACGUCCAACUAUACGUGCAGAGCAUGCUCGCGAGCGCUUUCAAACUCGAGCUCUUCUUGGCUACAGUCGAGCAACAAGACAGUAUUACGCCGAGCGCAACGAAACUUCUCUACGACCACGUCGAGCCUAUACAACACAUCGCACAGCCUCAAGGCAGAUGUACGACCGGAAGCGAUCAAGAAGCCGUACCCUAAAGUCAAGUCAAGCGUCUCUGAACUUGCGAAGAAGCUGCGUGAGAGUGCACCUCUGAUGACAGAGCCUUACGUUGCUUAUGGCGCCACGCGAGACUUGAUAAAGGAAUGCUCAAGGCCCGGAGAAUACAAAAUCCCUCAGGCACAGCAGAAGGGCGCUGAGAUUCCCACCAUUGAGAACGGUGUGCACCUAGGAGAAGGCGAGGGAUGGUGGUAUGACAACCUCGGCCUAAAGCCCACUUUCGCCAACUGGUCACAGAUCACCUUCAUCCACAUGUACAUGCUGCAGGUGCGCUUCAGGAUGCUACCAGAGACGCACGCCGGUACAUGGAUCCAGCACCUGACGAACCAUGCUUUCUACGCUGCCGAAGACCGACUUGUCGUCUGGCACAAGUUCAAUGCCAACUCGCUCCGCCAGAAGCACCUCAAGGACAUGUUCUCGCAGUGGCGUGCCGUCCUCCUAUCGUAUGACGAGGGUCUCAUGAAGGGCGACGCUAUGUUGGCAGCUGCUAUCUGGAGGAACCUUAUGGGUGCGAAGGAGGACGUCGACUUUCAGAAGCUUGCUCAGAUUGUAGGUUACAUGAGGCGGGAGCUGAAGAGGUUGGAGAACGCAAGUGACGAUGAGGUUGUAAACGGCGCUUGGCAGUUCAAGGGCGACCCGGGUGACGAGGUCAGCCUCGUGAAGCAGCCGAGCAAGAUGAUGCAGGAGAACACCAAGGCGUAGGUGUGAGGCAUCCACUUUACCGGACUACCGCGUUGUAUCAUAGAGACGUUGUAUACUAUGUAUUGCACCUAUACAGACCCACCUUGAUAAGUUCGGGCAUUCGAGACGACUAUUGCAACUACAAUCACACU